AUGAGUGGAGGAGGAGGAGACAUGGAGAGAGAAGAAAAGAAGAAAAUAUCAUACAAGAAGGAAUGCACAGUUGUAAUUGAUGUUGGCGAUAAUAAGAAAAUGGCGGCUGGUGAGUUGAUUGACUUUUUGACAGAGCAAGUAGGGGAUAUGAUUCACGCCUGUGUUCCAAAGGGGCCUGAUCGACGGAACAAGGUAUGUGCGUGUGAAAUUCCCACCCAACAUAAAGAGUUUGCCAAUACAGUGGAGGGGGUGGAGUAUUUCAGAGUGCUGCAUGACAACCAACUCAAAGUAUGUUAUAACUGCAUGUCGGACAGUCAUGUGAUUAAAGACUGCCCCGAUACUGUGUGUCAUUUUUGCAAAGGAAAAGGACAUUACGCGAGAAACUGCAAUAAGAUAAGAUGUGAAAGGUGUGGGAAUAAUGAGGAUGAGUGUGUGUGUAGUGAGCAUGAACAUGAUAGCGAGUGUUUUGGUGAUAGUGACAGUGAUAGUGACGGAAUGAAUGAAGCAGUCACAGUACGAUUGGCCACGCAGGAAAACAUGCUGAUGAGAAAAGUGUUAGUAAAGCAGUAA